AUGGACGAUGACCUCAUCCUCAACUUGGUUCGACUUGUUCGUAAUGGUCGAGUUUUAGCGAGGGGGUGCGAAGAAUUCAUUUUUGGUGGCGUCAGGAUGAUGGAUUGUGGGCCGUGUACCGAAGAUUACGCAAGGUUGCAAGACUACUAUGCAAAAGAGGGGAAUCUGUCGGAAGUUGCACUUGUUGUAUCUAUUAGAGGAGCUAUUGUGGAAAUUUGGCGUUUUCAGGAUUUUCGCUCUUUGAAGAUACCUUUCCCCGCCCCAAGUAGUGCUCACCAGGCCAAUUCAGCAGCUGCGAAAAUGCAAGCAUCCCUGAAGAUAUUUGUGCGAGUGAUUUUUGCCUAUCUUCGGAUUCACGAACUUUUUUCUGAGCUCACCAACAUUCGUGUUUCCGAUGUGGAGGCAAAACUGGUGACAGACAUGGGAGAGGUUCCAACACUGGAGGCAGAUACAUGUUCAAAGAGCGUUUGGGCGGUGGACGGUGUAGCGAGUGUGAAGGUCCUUUACAACAAGUUGUGGCGGAUCCCAAGCCCUAAUCCCAAGACAUCUCCCCUAAUCGAUAGUAAUACCACUCCACGUGAAAACUCGGUGAUUGAGCUCCUGCGCCUGAGGGCAACUGCACCUGUACCAAUCAAUACUCGCAGUGACCGCUGCGGGGGAAGUUUGUUGGGAAUGGGAUCUGAUUCGGCAGGCAGUGCACGGUCGGUGCCAAGCCCACUCUUUGCGCCAUCCCAAAUGCCAAGUUCCGUUGGCUCAACACGAUUGAGUUUCACGAACAACCCAAUGAAGAGCCCAAUGUUACAGGUGUCAUAUAACCCCCUUCCUUGCGCAACAAAUACAGAUGACAGUUUUCCUCUCUUUAGGCCGCUACCACAAGCCGAUAUAGCCGCAGUUCUCGCAAGGGGUGAGGCGCUUACUCCUGCUGUACGUGGUCACACCUUUUCUAAUACCCCAAGUUUUGUGGCGGGUGGUGGUUAUUCAUCGUCAGGGGAAGAUGAAGGUGAUGUAGCGUGUACAGAUGACCAACUAGUGGACUUGUUAGAAAUAUGUGAUGGCAUCUCCAUCCUUGAGGAAGCCAUAGAUAUUAAUAUGGUGCUGCAGCGCUUAGAUACUCCGCUAUUACGACCUUGA